AUGGAUGAACAAAUUAUUAGUCAGAUGUUGGAUUCUGAUUUCGACGAGUUUGAUAAUGUAGACGUACCUAGACAUUCAAGUGAAGUUGACUCUCAAUCUGUGCGUAGGAAUUUGUUAUCCAAAAAUAUUAAUAAAGUUCAAGAUCAAAUAUUUGACGAUAUUGUGCAGGGUAAUUACAUUAUUGAUGAUAUUUCUCAUAUAAGUGACUCUGAUCUUGAUGAAGAACCUACACAAACUGUGCGAAAUACUGGACGUCUUAGAAAAACACCUCAACAAGAUUAUGAUAAUCCUAGAUACAUCUUAGCAUCAGCAUGUAAUUACCAUCGAGUAAUACUUUGGGAUCCAUUAUUACAAAAAGUCAUAACUACUAUUGAAACUGAACACGGUUCCGGCAUAUUUUCUGUGAAGUUUAUACCUGGAUGUAAUAAUGAUACACUUGUGACUGGAUCUGCUGAUUGGAGUUCACAUACAUAUGAUGUACCAACGGGUCAAAUAUUAAGCCGUUGCACUUGUCAUCAAGGAAAAAUCAACAGUCUAGCUGUAUCAAAUGAUUCGCCUUUUCUUUAUUGGUGUGCCUCAGAGGAUGGAUGUAUUAGCCAACUUGAUAGGAGAGAGAGCCAUGAAUGUCAUAUUGAAAAAUCUAAAAUUACGUUGGUGACGAUAUAUGAUAAUUUGGGGAAAAAGAUUGAAGCUAAAUGCUUAGAUAUAAACCAAGAUAAAACCGAGCAGCUUGCAGUUGGUGCUAAUGACCAAUAUGUGAGAUUAUAUGACCUCAGAAUGAUUCAAUCGCUGUCAUCAUUUGAUGUGAAACGUCCUUCGGAAUAUGUAUCACUAUAUGGUGGCAAUAAUGUUAACAAUGCUCUCCAAUAUUUUGUACCCGGUCACAUCCAUUCAAAUGACAAUGAAACAAAAAAACAAAAAAAUAUGCUAUUUCUUAUUUGA